AUGAUUUGGAACAACACACACAACUUCAUCGUUUCCAAUUUCAACUUCAACAACAACAAUAACAAACAUCAUCAUCAUAAAAGACAUACAACGAGAGGAAGUUUUAACAAUAGAGGAAGCGCAUCAUCAUCAGUUCGGUUACCAUCAUCAUCUUUGGUCACAGCAGCAGCAGUAAUUACAACAACAACAGCAACAACGGCGAUGAUUUUAAUGUAUCCAUCAAAGUGCGAAGCUUCAACGAACAAAAAGAAUAACAACAACAAUAACAACAUAAAUCCAAUCGUCGCCGGCGCGUUUGCCGGAGCGGUGGCGAGAGUUUUCGUCGCACCUUUAGACGUGAUUAAAAUCCGUUUACAAAUACAAAAAGAAAACUAUUCGUUGACGAAUGCGAAAUAUAAAGGCGCGUUCUCGGCGAUGGCGACGAUUGCGAGAGAGGAAGGGAUCAGGAAAGGUCUGUGGGCCGGAACCAUACCGGCGCUGUGCUUGUGGAUACCGUACACCGGGAUUCAGUUUGGAAUGUUGAACGCGUUGAAUUCUUCUUCUUAUUCUUUGUCUUCAUCAUCAUCAUCAUCAAGUUUUUUGAACAAUAACUUUGUGUUUGGCGCAGUCGCCGGAGCGACGGCGACGGUUGCGACGUACCCGUUCGAUAUCAUCCGAACGCAGUUAGCGUCUCAAGGGAUACCGAAAACGUAUAACGGAGUAUUUGAUGCGUUCUUUGGUUUGUUGCGACGACGAAAAUUGUACGCCGGUUUAGGGAUUACUUUGAUUGAGAUUAUUCCGGCAACGUCGGUGCAAUUCGGCGUGUACGAGUACUUGAACUCAAUCGGUAAAGAGAGUAGUAAUAAUAAUAAUAAUAAUAAUAAUAAUAGUGGUAGUAGUGGUAGUAGCAGAAGCAGCAGUAGCAAUAGUAGUAGUUUCGAGUUGAACCAUUUCGCGAAAGGUUUCCUCGCCGGUUCGUGCGCGCGCGUGGCCAUCCACCCUCUGGACGUCAUGAAAAAGCGAUUACAAGUCGUCGGUCUCAAACGCGCCGCCUCGUACGGCGCCGCGGAAACCGCAAACAAAGCGUUUCCGCUCGUUCUCUCCAUUAUCAAAACCGAAGGCGUGCGCGGUUUCUACAAAGGUUUAGUCCCGGCAUUGUGUAAAUCCGCGCCGAGUAGCGCGAUUACCUUCGGCGUUUACGAGUUCGCGAUGCAGGUUUUAGAUUCCUUCACAAACUCUCUCGACGAACAAGAAUGA